ACUCUGCCCACUUGUAGGAGGCAGCGGGUGUAAUAGACUCCUGCAGUCUAGAAAGAUGAUGGAGGCUUGGUCCCGAGAUCAGCAGUGGAGAUAAGGGGGACGGCUGUGAGAUGUAUUUUAGACAUGGAAUGGGCAGGUUUUGAUGGGGUAGGUGAGGACAGAGGAGGAAUCAAAGAUGGUGGCCGGGUGUCCACCUUGCAGAAGUGGGAUAUGGGUACCUUCGCUGAGAUGAGAACCUAGGCAGAAGAGGAGAGGUGGAGGCAAGCUCUUGGGUUCCUGUUCAGAUGUGUGGCAUUUCGCGUUCUGAAAUAGCAGGGGAGUCACCUUGUCUGAAGUUAUUUGUGGCUGUGAUGUCUCCAAUGGGAGCUGGGCUCUGGAGGGCUGGGGCCUGGCUGAGGGCAUCCAGUCCAGCCCUCAGUCUGAGUGGGGCCUCUGGCGUGUUGGCCAAGUGAAUGAUCCUAAGUGCAACCCAGAGAAUCUCCUUCAUUCCAAGAGAGCCUCUGAAGCGGGAAAACAUUAAGAGGGCGAGCAGUUGGGCUGAGGAGGAUUUGGUCAGUCUGGGCAGGAAAAACCCCAGAGGGCUGAGCCUCCUCCCGGUGAUGGGAACUCCUGGGUCGCCAGCAAACAUACAUCCUUCAGCCAAGCCCGGGGACCGGAGGCCUGACACGAUGCAGGGCUGGAGCCUUCUGGGGAGGCUGGGGCCACGUCCCGAGAGUCCAGAGAGGGCCCUGUGACCCAGAUGUCGCCUCCCCCUCGCCCCGGCCGCGCAGCGUGGGAGGAGGCGGCAGCUGCAGGCCGGGUGGAGGGCGGGCGACCGGCGGGCCCGGCCCGUGGGAAGCGGCGGCAUCUGUUCUUUCCACGCUCGUUCCCAGCGGCUCCCUCUGAAACCUAACCCGCAGGCCCGGCCCCACUGCCGCCGCCCGUGCCCUCGCCCGCCCCGCCCGGGGGAUCGGGUUGCAGGAGCCGGGCGGCCGGGCUGCGGUUCCCCCGACGGCCGUGGCAGCGCAACGAGGGCGAGGGGCGAGGGGCAGGAGGCAAGGCCGAGCGGUCAGCCAGAUGGCCCGGCCGCUGUCCACCCCCAGCCCUUCACAAAUGCAAGCCAGGAAGAAACGCAGAGGGAUCAUAGAGAAACGGCGCCGGGACCGCAUCAACAGCAGCCUUUCUGAACUGCGGCGCUUGGUCCCCACUGCCUUUGAGAAGCAGGGCUCCUCCAAGCUGGAGAAAGCCGAGGUCCUGCAGAUGACGGUAGAUCACUUGAAAAUGCUCCACGCCACUGGCGGGACAGGAUUCUUUGAUGCUCGAGCCCUGGCAGUCGACUUCCGGAGCAUCGGUUUUCGGGAGUGCCUUACCGAGGUCAUCAGGUACCUGGGGGUCCUGGAAGGGCCCAGCAGCCGUGCAGACCCGGUGCGGAUUCGCCUUCUCUCCCACCUCAACAGCUAUGCAGCCGAGAUGGAACCUUCACCCACGCCCGCUGGCCCCCUGGCCUUUCCUGCCUGGCCCUGGUCCUUCUUCCAUAGCUGUCCAGGGCUAUCUGCCCCGAGCAGCCAGCUUGCCAUCCUAGGAAGAGUGCCCGGCCCCAUCCUCCCCAGCACCUCCUCUCUGGCUUACCCCAUCCCGGCCUUCAGAACCACUCCCUUGCGCAGAGCCACUGGCACCAUCCUGCCAGCCCGGAGGAGUUUGCUGCCCAGUCGAGGGGCAUCUUCUACCCGGAGGGCCCGCCCCCUGGAGAGGCCAGCUGCACCCCUGCCCCCCAGUGGCAGGGCUGCCAGGAGCAGCCACAUGGCACCCCUCCUGCGAUCUUCUUCCCCCGCCCCUCCUGGCAUUGUGGGGUCUCCUGCUUAUGUGGCUGUUCCUGGGUCUUCCCAGGGGGCAGCUGGGAGGCCAGCAGGAGCUGUGCUCUGCCACUCCUGGGUCUCUGAAAUCACUGAAGUUGGGGCUUUCUGAGCUGGCUUUGCCCCCAGGAAUGAGGAGAGUUCUUUUUCCAGGAGCUCUAAAAAUGGCGUUGCCUAUUCUGCUCUGCUUCCUGGACUGGUUCAUAUAGGAAGGUGUCUUCUUCACCCGGCAGAGUCCCCCUUCUCCUUUGGCCCCUCUCCCCUCCUCACUGCUUGUCCCAGCUUCUCCUGGGGCUAUUCUGAUCUCAGAAGCUUGGUCUCAUUUUUUCCCUGGAGAGAUGAGUCUCAGGAGAGCCCCCCAAGAGCUGUACCCAGACCCCUCUCCUGCUCCAGGACACAUGGGCAGUAGGCAUUAAUCUCAGGUUGGGGAACAACGCUUUAACCUAAAAGGCACAAUGACCUAAGGCACGCUGCUCCCCUAGAGAUCAGACCCCAGCCAAGAGCAGUGACUUCCUGGCUGCAGCCUUCCCAGACCCCCAGGGGCCGGAACAUAGUGUCUGUCUCACUUCCUGAGACAGUAACCACGCAGGGGCCGCAAAGAGGUCUCCUGGGAACCCUGUCUGCCCCAGCCCACCUGUCUCCCGCCCACUGCAAUGAACCCAGAACAGACCUGCUGUCCGCCACGGCCAAGGCUGGGGACUGGGAGCCCAGCAGGGCCCGUUCCUGCCCUCUUGUCAGCUGCUGACACCUACCCUCCAGCUGACCAGCAGUUCCCUGCACACAGCUGGGAGGUCUCCGGGCUCCGUGACAGGGUGUACUCACCACCAGGCCUCGGACGGCGUCCCCAGACAGGAGCCAGGCUUGAGCCACAGAGAACCCAGCUCUCUGCCUACCACACGGCCAGCGUCCUCCAGGCCUGUGGUCCCGUCGGAUGCACAGUGCGGAGGCCAUGUUCCCACGUGAUGGCGCCCCCGAGAGGAAUCCUCUUGGGAUUCAGCACCAGACGUUUGUGCUGCCUGUUUUGCAUCCGACUCACGGGGCGCAGACUGCUGGGACCGCCAAGGGCUGUCAGGCUGGACGAAAAUAACUGCGAGGAGGGGCGAGGGGAAGGACAGUCAGAGGCAGCUCGGCCCUUCAAGGUCACACAGUGGGUCGAGGGCCUGAGAUCCUGUUCACCCGGGAUUCCACGCGGCUGGCUCUGCUCAAAGGCCAUGCAUGGCGUUACCCAGCUUCAGCCCAGGUCAUUUUCCCUCUAACAGAGGGAACAAAUGGCCCAGGGACCUUUCCCAGUGGAACAGCAGGAACUGGACAAGAUAGGGGCAGACCAGAAGCGACACACAGCCAGCCCAGUGCUGCCACAUGGUUGUUAGAAUGCAGAAACACUUCUGUGCUCAUUGACAGACCUGCUUCCCUGAGUGUUCCCACCACAUGGCUUUUCUCCCAGGACCCCGUGCUGGUUAAUGCCCUGCCGACCCAAGGCCGUGGGGCCCUCCAGCUGGCAAGUCGUUGGUGCUUAUUCUGCACUGGUUGUUAAAUGCUUCUGAGGUCACCCCUGGAAGAGUCUCCCACUCCCAUCCUUUGAUGGAACUACCCUCCCCAGAGGCUGCAUUGAGGAGACUCCACGAGCUCAAAAAGUAGAGUCUGCAAACGCCCUGGGGGAAAAGGGCCCUUUCAGAGAAGUGGGUAGGAGGGCAGAGAUCAUUUAAAUGACCCAGAAAGCUCUUUUGAGGAGGCAAAUUCCUCAAGGAGGGAUAAAGAACUAAAGUAAUUCUUUUACUCCUCAGUGUGAGGUAGCUGGAUCAGAUGUUGCUCUCCUCCUGGACCCAUCUGUGUGUACAGCAGUGAGGAGGUGUCAUUUCAGGGCGUGGGUCACUGGCCAGGAGUGCUCCUGAGGCAGACAGAGAUAGAGGGAAAUAGCGAGGGAGGGAAGGCAGUCAGCAGGCUCCCAGGAGUUGGGAGGGAGGGCAGAGGGAGGUGGCAGAAGGCAAAGACCGACUUCACCUUUUUCACAAGGGGCGGGAAGAACGGCGCUCCCCACCCGCCCCCCUCCUCCCCUGCACUCUCCCCCUCCCCCUCCUCCCCUGCACUCUCCCCCUCCCCCUCCUCCCCUGCACUCUCCCCUCCCCCUCCUCCCCUGCACUCUCCCCCUCCCCCUCCUCCCCUGCACUCUCCCCCUCCCCCUCCUCCCCUGCACUCUCCCCUCCCCCUCCUCCCCUGCACUCUCCCCCUCCCCCUCCUCCCCUGCACUCUCCCCUCCCCCUCCUCCCCUGCACUCUCCC